UGGUAAGUAUAGGUACCCUUACACUCAAAGCAGAACGUAUUUCAUAAGACUUCUGUUGAGGCGUUGUGAUCAUCAUGAUGACAUCAUCGAGUGAUCAGACACUUAUUAAUUUUGUUUGGUAUGGGAGGUGCAAGCCAAACUAAACCAUUACAACCAUCAGAAGAGGAGGAGUUCGAGGUUCUGGAUAUCAGGGGUACAGCUAGGUCAAAUAUGUCGUGGAUACAAGACUUCAUCAACAACUUAACCAGGGAGCCAGCGGCAAAGCAAGUAGCUGUUGGUGGACUUUCAGGAUGGGUUGUUGGAUAUUUGUCUAUGAAAGUUGGUAAAGUGGCUGCAACUGUGGUUGGAGGAAGUCUUUUGAUAAUGCAACUUGCAGCUCAUAAAGGAUACAUUAAGGUUGACUGGAAUAGAGUUAAUAAAGAUUUAGAAAAGAAUGCUAAGAGGCUAAAACGUGAAGUUGAAUCUAAUGUCAACUCUGGAACUGCAGAUGAGCAUGUGCUGCAGGAUGCUGCCCGACAGUUGGAUAAGAAGUUGGAUAAACUUGCUGAUAAGCUUGAUAAGAAAGUGCAUACUGCAGACAGUUGGGUCAACAAACAAAUGAAACAGGCAAGAAAAGUGUACAGGAAGCAUAUCUUAGGUGAUGAUAGCAAGAUAACGGUAGAUGAAUUGUACUUGCUUAACAUGUACAUAAUUGCCUUUUCAGCAGGAACAAUGCUAGGUGUUGGUACUGCCAAAAUAAUUUGAAGCAGACUAUUUACUGAGUUGUAACUACUUAAGCUGUUAUUGGCAAGUUUCUGCUGACAUACUGUAUAUAUCAAGAUGUAUUCCUUUUUUUUGUAUUUUUUUUUAUUUUUGGUUCUCAGAAAAUUCUUGUGCCUUCACCUUGCUUUAUUAUUCUCAUGAGUGAAGAUUUUGUGUUAUGUGAAAAUAGAAAAGGCAGUUUAAAAAAUAUUGGAAUAUGAUUGCUUUAUUGCAAGUAAACAGUGAUAUCUCUGAGUACUGCAUUCAGUUGAUGCCUAUCCGGAUAGUCUUCAAGCAAAAGAUUGUAAUUUUCAUGGUUAAUUGAUACUUAAUGAUAGUUUUGAUGAGCUUAAAGGCAAAAGCCUAUAAUUUUAAUGAAUAACUAGCAUCUAAGUAUUUUAUUUUUUCUGUCUUUAUGAUAUAUACUGUACGUACUAUAUACUUCAUAUAGGUAGUAAAGAUAAGUAAAGAUCUGUCAAAGUACUGCUGGUAAGAUUUAAUAUUUUAUAUUAACACACAGCAGUUAAUUGUUUUGAAUUCAAUAAUUUUUUUGUUUUAAUGAAAUAGUGAUGAAACUGUGAAAAAAGGUUUUCUGUACAUUAGUACUAAUUUGAAAAAAAACUUGGUUUAAAAGGGCUGAUUUUAUCAGGAAAUAUCAUGAUUGCACAGUUUUAAAAGCAGGUAUGGGCCCAUGUGUGAGCCGUACACCAGCAUGGUGUUAAAACUUUCCUAUUUUGUACUGUUGAAUAGAUUCAUAGUUUCUGGAAUUUAUUUCAAAUUUAAUUUCAUAGUCUGUUCAUAACUUUGGUUAUAAGCUCCUUAUUUAUUUAUGUUUUUACUCUUGAAUUGCUAAUUUUUAAAAAUUUUAAAGUUCUUAAACUAGUUGUGUACUUAUAUAAUCUCUUAUGGAAGGUUUGCUAAGGCAAGGCAUCUUAUAUUUAAAAAGAGAAGGGAUGUGCUUCAUGUGUGCUCAAAGUUUGCUUUUAUUGUAGUGUAUGAUGAUUAGGUUUUUUUUUAUUAGUUACACUGUACAUGAUAGCUCAUCUCUUAACAUGUCAAUAAAGGUCUUCAGUACAUCACUUCUCAGUUCUCUUAUCAUCAUCUAGUCCAAAUUUACCAAAAUAUACCUUUAUGUUUUACUUAGAAAUAUUUGAUUCAAGCUUAAUGUAUGUAGAUUUUCCAGUUAAUGCAAUAUCUUUUGAUGCAUUAUGGAUCAUAAUGCCAAUCAUACUAAUGCAGUUUUUUUUAUUAAAUAUGUAUCAAGACAGUGCUUAUCAUAUUUAACACUUGCAAGACACAAAGGAAGAAAUCACUGUAGCCUUUGUAUAUAUAAUUUUAAGAAGUAUGCCUCGUUGCAAUCUUACUGGGAAGCUGUGAUUUAAACAAAUAACAGACCAUACCCUGAAAGCCCUUAGCUUUUACAGAACAUAAAGGUUUAAUGUAGCUCCACCAAAGGUGCAUUUUUUUGUCAAGCAAAAUAGCUGAAAAGGGACCUUGUUUUGACCUAUGAGGAGUUUAAUGUAGGAUCUCAUUACAGUUAGCACAGACGUGUGAAUAAUUUUAAGUACCCUUUUUAAAUAUCCUGUAAUAUUUUUCUUUUCAGUUAGGAUGAAGUUAAGGUAUUUACAGUUUCAAUAUUUAGUCAUAAUAUGUACUAUGGCUCCUUCUCUGAAUAGAACCAAUUUAUAGCUUUUUGAAUAAGUGUAUCUCUGAUCUAAUAUGAAAUGUAUAAAGAUAUUACUUGGGAUAUACAUAUAGUUUUAUUUAGUUCAGUGUUUCCCUUGUGUUAGAAUAUGCAAUGUUUCACAUGUAAGAUGUCAGGAUGGUCGAGUGAUCUGUAUUAUAGUAUUUGCAUUAAAUGGCAUUUUUUAGGAAGAUUUAAAAAGUAAAUAUCAAGUAAG